UUACUUACGAAAUGCAAUUUGACCAAACAACGCCUCCUUAAUGCUGCCGCAGCUGCCACCACAAAAUGUCGUUACUUUAAGGCAGCAAAAAUCCACAAACUCAUCAAACAUUGUCAGUGUCCAGAGGGCUAUGUGGCCACCGAUGCAUUCGGCGAUAUGGAUGAUGCAGCGUCAGCGGACCCCUAUGGCUUCGGCGAUGAAUGUGGACACAAAGAUGGAGGUGGUGUUUUGGGAGGCGGCUAUUUGCUUGGUCUCGUCGCAUUCGCACGUAAAUUUGCCCGUUGCAUACUAACGCUUACAAUGCUCUUUGCCAUUGUGUUUAUAACUUUCUAUUUGUGUUCGACAUCCCGUGAGAAUCCAUCGCUUGUAAUAUCCAGUAAUGCCCUGCUGCAGGUCACCGAAGCUGAGUACACGUUAACGACAUAUGAUUGGACCUGAACUAAUCACAAAACAUGGACAAGGACAUACAGAGGGAACUAGAAGGCGUUGGAUGAUAUUUAAGAUGUUUAUUAUUGCAUUAUUUUAUUUUUUUUUUCUUUUGUUUAAAUUUAUAUGUGUAUCGAAUGUAGUGAAACACCAAAUGAAGCGAAGAGCAAGAAUUUAUUGUUAUAAUAAUGAUGAUAUCUAUGUAGGAUGCAUGUCGAAACAAAAACUAAAAUAUUAGUUUGGAAUAGUGAUGAUCAUGGAUAAUGGAUUGUAAUAUGGAUGGAGAACGUUGAUUUAUUUAUGUUUAAAUAGUUUUUGUUUUUGGUCGUAAAUUCAGUGACCAGCCGUAAACGGCAAAUAAAACUAAUUUCUACUUUCAAUUUUCCUGUCUAUCCCCUUAUGAUGUGUACCGUCAAUGUGUAAAUAUAAAACAUAAACAAACUUUA